AUGGUUAACCUAGCGCAACUACUCCCGUUCCCUGAUCGUUCCUUGUCCUGUGCAGACAUCACUUUGCAACACCACGAUUGCAAAUUCCGUUGUGAAAUCUGCGGAGGCAGGACAAUGCGGGAUUACUGGCCCCACAUAAUGGCAGACACCCAUCAAUCCUCAAUUCGACGCCUGGUUGAUCAACAGGCCGCGCAAGAAGACAUGCAAACAGGCAUUCACAGUGCCGAACAGCCCCUCAGCCCCAUGUACCCACAAACACCUUCACCACCUCAAACUCCCAUAUCGACCCUGUUGCCACUCACACUGCUCCGCGGCUUCAACAGACCCGCCAGAACAGGUGAUGACGACAGCGACUCAGAUGUCUCCGAGCCCCCAAUGGACUUCAACAGCUUGAAACAAGCUCUCGAAGCGUUGGCCCAACCUGACGAUGAAGGCUCGGACGCGGAUCACGAAAACGACCUCCCACCGGAAGAAGAAUCCAUCGAUGAAACUUCUGAAUGGUAUCCCUUCAAAAAUAAGGAGACCUGA